AAACCUCUUACGUUUCUUUCCUCCAUUUUCCAGCUCCAAAGAAGAUCUUUUGGUAUUUCUCCAUCUUUGAAAAAAUUACCAAAAAGCCCCAUGAUUUUCUUGUUCUUAUCCCAUUUCCCCAUACAAGUUAAAAAUUCACCGUAAACCCCAAAAAAGAGAAGUAAUCUGUAAAUAGUAUAAAAUCUUUGUAUAUUAUAUUUAUAUUACCCUUUGACCAUUCGUUCAUCUGGAAAACUUGGAGAUUUCAUUACUAUCUUCAUUUUUUUUUCUCCGACCCACUAAACCAAAUGGAGGGUUCGAACACGGUGACCGCCGCCGCCGGCGAUGCAACCGAUCUCCACCGUCCGUUCCUCGAAGAUCGGACGGUGGGGAAGCCUCCUCCGCCGCCCGACGUGGAGCUAGAGACCGUCCUCACGGACACGACCGUGCCGUACGUGAGGCGCGUGUACGUAGGCGCGUGGAUAGAGAUGAGGCUUCUCUUCCACCUGGCCGUGCCGGCGAUUCUGGUGUAUGUGGUGAACCAAGGAAUGUCUCUGUCCACUCGCAUCUUCGCCGGCCACGUCAGCGGCUUGGAUCUCGCCGCUGCCUCCCUCGGCAACAGUGCUUUCAGCCUCGUCUACGGCCUUAUGUUGGGCAUGGGAAGUGCAGUGGAAACACUUUGUGGACAGGCGUAUGGGGCCCAGCGAUACGAGAUGCUAGGGAUCUAUCUCCAGAGAUCGACGGUUGUCCUCGCUCUGGUGGGUUUGCCCAUGACACUACUCUACACCUUCUCGUACCCGAUCCUAAUCCUCCUCGGAGAGCCCAAAACGGUGUCGUCUAAAUCCGCUUCUUACAUCGCCGGUUUAAUCCCCCAAAUCUUCGCCUACGCCGUCAACUUUCCCGCGCAGAAGUUCCUCCAGGCGCAAAGCGUGGUGGCUCCGAGCGCGUGGAUCUCAGGCGCCGCCCUCCUCCUCCAACUCCUGCUGACGUGGACGGCGGUCUACAAGCUCGGGCUCGGCCUCAUGGGCAUUGCCUCCGUCCUCACGCUCUCGUGGUGGGUCAUCGUCGCGGCUCAGUCGCUGUACAUUCUGCUGAGUCACCGGUUCAGAGACACGUGGAACGGUCUGAACUGGAGGGCGUUCCAAGGUCUGUGGAGCUUCUUCAAGCUCUCGGCUGGUUCCGCCGUCAUGAUCUGUCUGGAGAUGUGGUAUUCCCAGAUUCUUGUUCUCCUCGCCGGUCUCCUCAAGAACCCUGCCCUGUCUCUGGAUUCUCUCUCCAUCUGUAUGUCGAUUUCUGCAGUAUCAUUCAUGGUUUCCGUCGGAUUCAAUGCAGCGGCGAGUGUACGGACAAGUAACGAGCUCGGGGCCGGGAAUCCGAAAUCAGCGGCGUUUUCGACGUGCGUCGUGACGAUUGUCUCGCUAGUAACCUCCAUAAUCGAAGCCCUCGCCGUGAUGGCGGCUCGAGAUUCUGUCAGCUACGUUUUCACGGCCGACGCGGCGGUGGCCGAAUCCGUCUCGGAGCUCUGUCCUUACCUUGCCAUCACCAUUGUUCUCAAUGGUAUCCAGCCUGUCCUAUCCGGAGUGGCAGUGGGGUGCGGAUGGCAGGCUUUUGUAGCGUACGUGAACGUGGGGUGUUACUACUUCGUCGGAAUUCCACUUGGUUGUGUUCUGGGCUUCGCUUUCAAAUUCGAUGCCAAGGGAAUAUGGACGGGGAUGAUCGGAGGUACCCUCAUGCAGACAAUCAUCUUAUUGUAUGUAACAUUUCGAACAGAUUGGGACAAAGAGAUCGACAAAGCGAGAAGACGAUUAGAUAUGUGGGAAGAGAAGAAAGAUUUAAUUGUGAACUAAGGACAAAGAGGUUACCUACGAUGUUUUUUUUUUUCAUCGUCCGAUAAUACUCUCCAUACAAGAGGAAUUGUUUUUUGUUUUUUUUUUUUUCGGGGGUUUAAUAAUUUUCAAAGAGUAUGAAAUUUAAAUUAUGUUAUAUGAGUUGCACCAAUCUUUUUUUUAUAACCAAUAUGGUUUUCUGGAUCUCUGACCCGACUAUAUCCACUCUAGGUCCGGGACUACUCUUUGUAUAUAUACCAUUUUAGUCCAGAAAUUACAUCUCUCCCUAUUAAUGAAAUUGAAUUCAUGA